AUGGCAGCAGCCUGUAUAUUCUGCAAGAUCGUCAAAGGCGACAUCCCCUCUUUCAAGCUCUUCGAAUCCGACAAAGUCUUCGCCUUCCUCGACAUCAAUCCUCUCAGCAAAGGACACGCCCUCGUGAUUCCCAAGUUCCACGGCGAGAAACUGACCGACAUCCCGGACGACCAACUGUCCGAGAUCCUACCGGUGGUGAAGAAGCUGGUGAAGGCGACAGGGGCGGAGAACUACAACGUGCUGCAGAACAAUGGAAGGAUUGCGCACCAGGUGGUUGAUCAUAUUCCAAAGCCGAAUCAGGAGGAGGGAAUGUCGAUUGGAUGGCCGCAGCAGAAGACGGACAUGGACAAGCUCAAGGCGCUGUUCGCGGAGAUCAAGUCGAGGAUGUAG